AUGAAUGAUCAUUCUGAAUUUCAACCCUUAGAGACACCGGAGCACAAGGAUUCUGGCAUAUAUAUUGAAACGUUUGAUAACCUGGUCCCUGUGAAGUGCUAUGACGGAUGUCCUGGCACACCAAUAACCCACUUCGUCCGCUUUACACUGCAUAUUGACGGACGGCGACAAUUGCAAGUCCCCAUGAUGAUCACCGAUCUGGGGCAAUGA